AUGCCGGCGGACAAUAAAAAAGUUAUGCUUAAAAUCGACGAUGUUCAUCUUCACUCGUCCGGCGUAUUCAGCAAUGUCUACAGGUCGGGUCUCGCCACGAAAAUGCGUGGGCUUCGAAACGAACAUUAAAUGACGGUUUAUGUGUCACAGUGUUUCGUACAAAAUAUCAAAGCUCUGAGGCCAUAAUUCGCUAUAAUUCUGUGAAAAGAGCGUCAAAAACGUUUCCGUAAAUGGCCAGCACUCGGCUUUUUUCGGUGAAGCUCAGGUUUCUUCAAAGCUUCGAAAUCCGAAAGUCUCUUGUGUUCCUCAUUAAUGUUCGAACGUUUUGCAGAGGAAAUCUGCGAGAGCCCUACGAGAAGACGGUGGCGAUCAAAAAGACGUGGCCGGAGAAGGGCGAACGCAAUUUUGAGUUCAUUUUUCUGACUGGGCGCGAGCGGAGCAAACACAAAAAUGUGAUUCAGAUGAUAUUUGCGUUCAGUCACAAUUAUGACAAUGACAAAAAGGUUGGCAACGUCGGCGGAAAACCGAAAAAAAUUUGCAUUAUUCUCCAGGUGUGCGAAUCGUACGUGUUCGACUACAUGCCCAACACGUUGGCCGAGGUGAUUCGCCAGAAACUUUCGGACAUUGACGUCCGACUGUACACGUGGCAAAUGUUUUCCGGUCUCAAAUAUUUGGAGGAGCACAAGGUGGUGCAUCGCGAUUUGAAGCCGGUGAACAUUCUCGUCGACCACGCGACCGCCUAUCUCAAGAUUUCCGAUUUCGGAUCGGCGAAAAUAUUGGAGAAGGGAAAACCGAACAAUUUCUAUCAGGUCACCCGAUUCUAUCGACCGCCCGAGUUGCUCAUGAAGGCGCAGGAGUACGACGCUUCCGUCGGUCGGUUUUUUGUUUUCAAAAAAUGCAUGCACUUGUGCCAGCUAAUCAAACUACGUGUGGUUUUUCAUAUUUUGUGAUUUUUUUGAAACCGAGAAAAAUCAAGAAAAAUGCCAAAGCGCUUUGACAUUUUAAGGCUAUGACUUUUAGAUGUGUGGUCGGCCGGGUGCAUUAUCGCCGAAAUGAUCCGUCGCCACGUGGUGUUUCCCGGGCGGGACAGUGCUCAUCAGCUAAAACUCUACUGCCGAUGCUUUGGCGCGCCGACCGAUGCGGAGGUCCGCGCGAUGAAGGCCGGCGAGCGGUUGGAGCCCGAAUUGUGGAAGUUCCAACGCGGCGGCGGACUACAGAGAGUUUGUUGUUCUCGCGAAAAUGUGUAGGCGUCGUUUUGUUUGGUUUUCAGCUGGUGACGGACGCGACUCCGGAGCAAUUGGCGUUCAUGAAGCGCAUUCUCGUCUAUCCGCCCGAUAAGCGUUUGCGGGGGAAACUGCUGCUGCAGGACGACUUUUUCCGUCCGCUCUUCCGCAACGGCGCCGUCCGACAGAAUGGGCAGAAGAUCAGCGAAGUGAUCACGGCGGCCGACUACAAAAGAGCCAGCGAGUGGGUAAUCGGUACCUGGGCUUGGCCCGGACUUUGCACGAUUGACAAUUGUGAGAGUGACAAAACAGUCGAUUCUAAAAGAGUGGAGACGAACAUUUGCGCAUGCGCCUUAAAAUUCUAAACUGAUUGUACUGAAUCAAUAAUCGGAUAAUCCAAUCAGACCCGAAUUUUGCUAAUGUUUGUAAUCGCGUCCAUUAAUUCUGGUUCAUCUAAAAGUUCAUCUAAAUGUUCUUCAGACCCGAAGACUCAUCGGCGGUCCGUCUGGCGCAGCUCUCAAAAAUGCCGACGAACAAGGAUCAGGGCAUUCCGGUGUGCGAGAAGAGCAACUCGUACGAGAAUGUCACCGUCCGGCGAUCCACUCUUAUUCCGGUCAGUUUUGUCUAGUUUUGUAAGGUUACCUCGCGUCAAUUUUGCUUAUUGCAGAAAGAGCAAAAGAUGGCUCGUGAGAUGAAAUCGAAAGAGGACAACUCGAAGGACUACGACCGGAAGGCGUUGUCGAGCGAGGAGCGGCAGAGUGCGCCCGAAACACGGAAGAAGAAGUCGACGGAGAUGGCGACGGCUCGAAUCGGAGCACAACAACAACAACAGAAGGAGAAUAACAACAAUAAUAGUAAUGAAAGGACGAAAAAGUCGGUGAUGAAGUCGUUGAUGUCGUUUACACGGCCGCACGAAUAG